UGAAACCCGUGUUUUUUUUAAAUACAGUUUCCCUGAAAGGCCCUUGUAGACACGGUUAAAUACACGGCUUGCCUAGGCUCUUCGUAAACCUAUAAUUCGUUGAUUUCCGGUUUGACCGAUCACAGCUGAUACUUUGCAGCUGGAUGUUGAGUCAGCUUUUCUAUCGCCUCAGUGUGACAUGUGUGAGUUGGUCCAAUGGAACUUGUUAAUCGUUAAUGAUAUAUUGGCAAAACUGUGUAGAUGUAUGACUUAAGCCAUUUGCAUGUCUACACUUCAGCAAUUCAGAAUAAUUAUUCUACAGAAGCGUUUUCCUGGUUAUAUUGGCUUUAAUAUACUAGCUGAACAGAUAGCAACGCUUAUGUCCCUUUAAAAUUGUUGUCUCUGUUGUUAAGUUAAGUUCUCUGUACUGCGGCAAUUAAUGUAGGAUUUUUUUUUCCUUUUCAAGAAAAUAGUGAUAAUGUAAGCUCGGAAAAAGUCACACAUUUGUUGUUUUCCAUUAUCAAUUGCGUUGUUACGUUUCAUUAGGCAGAUUACUAUGUAAAAUGCAACGAACACGUUUUCACAGCUUGGUUCUUGCUUCUGUUUGACGGUGACGAAUGUGGCAUUUCUUUGUUACAUAAAGCUGUACCAACAGCCACGACAAGGAGAGGCAAGCGGUUAAAACCUGUUUUGACUUCGACAAUUUCUAAUAAUUUCGUGUAUGAAUCUUCGCAGUUUAUUAAACAACGGCGAGUACACACGAACCUACUGCCCUGAAACGCCAAUGCCAGUAACAAAUACAAACACAAAUAAUUUAUUUGAAUAUUCUCCUGAGCGCUUUUCAGUAACUAAUAUACUCUUUGCACGCCCUUGUAACAUAGAGCAAAAUCGGCCAUGCUAGCACGCAAGUUACACAGUGGGUCAUCCAAAAACAAAGAAACUCGUACCAGUCCAGCUUGACUUUCCUUUGUACAUUUCGUCACAGUUUGUUUGGAGUUUACUGAUAAACAUAUUGUUUAACUGAUUGCGCCGAUUUCAAGACAGUCAAGAGCCUUAUGUAUCAGCAAUUACUUGUUAUCUUUGCAGCUACAAAGUUUCUUUUCCAGGGUUUGCGUUUGUAACUUGCACAAAUACUCCAUUGCAAUGAGAUAGCUUUGAAUUAUUUACAAACUAAAUCAUGUACUUAGUCCCGAUCUUGUCGAUAAUUUAUUCUCUGGAAACUUUAAUUUGUUUUUGUUCAUUGAGCACAACAGAGCCCUUUUGGCAUCUGUUCGAUCUUUCUACAGACUGUGGCAUUUUAAAAUUGUAACGUAAUUUUUAUUGUUUAAUAUGAACAGUGAGCUGGAUCCGACGUUUGGUGAGAAACAAAAACUGAUCCUAAUCUACAUCCUGCCGUGAUACGGGCACAGGAACAUGAAUAACUCAGAAAGUGUAACAACCUCAAUCCAUCGGUUAUGCUCAAAACAUUUCAUGCGUUUCAAAGAACCAAACUUUUCGGAAAUUCUGGUCCAUCAAAACGGACGGAAGAACAAAAAAACGAAAAUCAAUAUUUGGCACUUUACCGUACUUUUUGGUUCAGUACGGGUGUGAUCUAAAAUAAUCUGUGAAUAUUAAAGGCCCUAUAUAUUGGUGGUCGUAAAAAGAAUCAUAAAAUUUAACCGUUAUGGUUGUUAUCCAAGAGCUAUAAGGUUACACAGGGUAUUCAUACUUAACGCACUUCAGUGAAGUUCGUUAAGUAUUCACACUUAACGAGUAUUGAUACUCAACGAACUUCAGUGAAGUUACAACUUCAUACUUAACGAUCUUCAGUGAAGUUCUUUAAGUAUUUCUGUUUAUUUGUCUGCUACUGAAUUGGAUGAAGCAAAAAUACGUUCAAUUGAAAUGCAAAGCUGAUUGACAACAUUGUAUUCAGUGCGGUUCCGUUUUAGACUGCUUCACCGCCUCGGGCUUGUUUCACUGGUGUCGGUGAAUUCGUCUUCCCCUGCUAUACAUCUUUAAUUUCAUUGAGACAUCCACUAAAGUGUUGACUGUUAAAUAAGAAAGGAGAAAAUUUCUCUAAUUAUGUUUUUUUUUCAGUUAGCCACGAUGGAAUAAGGUGUCUGUCUAAAAAUCCUAUGCCUGAAUAGAUGUAUUUAUUUUUAUGAUUGACACCAGCAGAGAUGUACGUACCGAGAAACCUAAGCCGGUCUCAGACUUAGAAGAUAUUGGACCAGUAACAAAGCAUUUUGAUUGGCUGAUAUUACUAAAUGGCCCUUUGAGAAACAAUGAACUAGUUUUCUUCCUUUAGAAGGCUAUGCAGCAAACUUAACAUAAUCACAUCUAAGAAGAUGACCAGCAAAUGGCAAGAAAAUUGAAACAACAAAUUUCCACGUUUGUUGCUUCGACUUCUUUUCCACCGUGAAUGACAACGUUUCUGUAAUAGACGGUAUGGAGGGUAGUAAAAAACUAGAAAACGUUCAUUGUACCGAACCAACAAAUUUCCACGCUUGUUGCUUCGAUUUCCUUUCCAUCGUGAGCGGAAACGUCAUUUCCGGAAUAAACACUGAAUAUGAGCCACCAUUGGAUGAAUAUAUUCCUUGUUUUAAGAGCGCGGUCAAUAAAAUGACAUGACUUUUCUUAAUGAAGGCAAAGAGUUGAUGGUGGAGCAGAGCACAAAAGCACUUCAAUAUAAGGAAGCCACAGUGGACAAGAAAGAUGCAAUCAUUAUCGGACUUUGAGAAGAAUUUGAACAAGAAAUUGGCGUCUGAUGACUUUGACGACAUAGCAGAAGCCAUCACACCGAAAACGCUUGGAGCGUGCAGCACAAAUACUCUUCUGAAGGCAUUUGAGGUUAGUGGCUAUUUGAAAUACCAAGCUCACAAGGACAGGCCAGAUGUGGAAGAACUAGAAAAAUUGGCAAAUUCUGUAGAGGAAUUUACGACUUGUCUCAUAGAUCCUCUCAAGUCGGAUACAAAAGACAGGGAAGCUUUUGGUGAUUCGCUGGACUUGAUCAUUGACAAAGCCAUUGAAUAUAAUCAAGGAAAGUUUCUGUCCCACCCAGUUGUUUAUAACUUGCUUGAAAAAGUUUGGAGAGGACGAUUUGCUGGCUUGAGAUCAAAAUACAGAUGGAAAUGGACAUUACUGAGGCUUUAUAGCUUACUGGAUAUCAUUCUCUUCCCGUUGCUGUUCGCAUUUUUGUUUGUUAUUCAUUCGAUCAAUGCAUGGAGAAGAAAGUCUAAAGAUCUGGAACUUUGCUUCAUUCUUAAUGCCACCGGGAAGAAAGGAAAAGAGGACUUCAAGAAGAUGAUAGGCUGCAUCAAAUACAUGAUAGAGCGGAUUGGCGUCAAAUCUGCCAACUACUGCCUGAUAAGCUUCAAGAAGGGAAAAGCCUUUCAACACGUAAGGUUCGACGUCAAUUCGUUCUUCAAAGAUGACAAAGACCUGCUUUUUAAAAGGCUUGAUGCCUUAAAUCCACCGGUGAACUGUUGCCCAGCCCUGCACGAUGACUUUAACCAAGCAGUGGAGGCCUUCAAGACCCAGGCUAUAAGGAUAACUUCAAAGAAGAUUAUCAUUCUCUUCACAAAUGACACAACUGGAUCGUUCGGUCCUCAAAAAGGAAGAUUACUGCUCAAGACAAAACAUCUAACCGAGUCUGUUGGAGUAAAAAUUGUGCCCGUUGCUGUUGGAGAACGUCCCCUUGUGGAGGACCUCGAGCUUAUUUCAUCAGGAAACAAAGUCAUCCGUUGUCCAUUGGAAGAUCGGGCAAAACUUGGCAAUAAGCUGUUAAGAGAGGUUUACGAAGAGGAUCUUUAUGAUCGCUACCUGGAGUACUUCACCACACCAUACUUCAUAUUUUUUAGAGACACGCUUAGCUACCUGUCUCUCCUAGGUCUUCACAUCGCAAUCUGCCUCUCGCCAUCAGUUGUUCCUUUCUCAGCUGUGGAAUGGGUGAUCGCCGUUUUUUUCGUUGGGCGCUUCCUCUCGGAGUUCAAACAAUAUAACAACAGAAAGACAUCGAAGAGACUCGAAAAGCGUAAAAGUCUUUCUAGAAAACAUGGACAAUAUGUUUAUCAGCAAUCUGGGAGUAGCCAUGAUGACAACCUGGAUUUGCCUAUUGAAGUGGAGGAUUACCACUCGCGAUUGGUUUUCAGCACGAUGGGAAAAUACUUCAUUGAUCGUUGGAACGUGUUGGACUUCAUCAUGCUCGUCAUUUAUGUAGUCACGUUCAUGUUGCGCGUGGUGACUUGGGGUGUGUCCACUUCCACAACUGGCAGUCGAGCAUUGGUUAUCGCUGGCUACUGUUAUGGCCUGAACACCAUGAUUCUGACACUACGGGUCUUUGGCCAUAUGAUGGAAGCGAGCUCGGUGACGGGCACGACGCAUAUUGCUCUAAUGAGCAUUAUUGAAGACGUGGCCAUAAUCUUCUUCCAGUUCCUUGUAGGAAUACUUGCAUUUUCUCUGGCAAUGACCAAAAUCUAUGUUGCUGAAGGCUCGUUUAUCUCAAGUGAGGAGAGAUUGCUGCGUGAUAAAAGGGAUAAUACAGAUUGUAACAGUUCUGGAUUGUCCUGUUGGUGGGGAAUCAUGAAGCAUCUAAGCUGGACGCUGCUGGGAGUGACAGAACUGGAUGUUUUCAACGCUGGUGUGGAAACUCCAUCAGAUCACCUGGCUCAAAUUUUGUACGCUGUAUUUAUCAUUGCUGCCCUCGUCCUGCUUGUUAAUAUGAUGAUUGCGGUGCUCUCCAACACAUAUGAACGAGUACAGAAAAAUUCUUUGAGCGAGUGGUCAUUCAAGAAAGCUGUAACAAUCCGAACAUACAGAGACUAUCAUCCGAUUCCAGUACCACUAAACCUGCUAUCUCAGCCUGUAUUAGCGUUGUGUAGGGACUCGGAAGAAGUGAAUGAACAGGACGAAGAACUGUUGGAGAGAAAGGUUGAGGCAUUAGAUUACAUCAUUGAAAAGUUAAAGGUGGUUUAUUUUGCGAAGUAUGGAUUCACAUUUCCUCUAUCAGAUGAAAGUAAAAUCAAUAGCAUGUUGUCUGAGACGGACAGAAACCGGGAAAUGUGCAAUCAGAUUGUCAGACGAGUGUUUAUUGAUCCUGUACAAACAAAUGCCGAUCCGUUACUUUGCCCUGUUGGUCGUUUAGCAUGGAAGAGCCAGGGAAUUCACAUUGAAGAUUAUAUGUUAACGUACAUUGGACCUGCUCUUUGCAGCAGUUGCAAAAUUUCGCGAAAGGAAUUCCAUGGAGCCAGAUACAUACAACCAUUCUCGCAAGAUUCGCCUAGAUUUGAGGUGAUAGUUCAAGAGGGUGGUAUGAACAGAGAUUUAGUUGUUGGUGUGGUUCGAGCAAAACAUGACGUUCACAAAGCCGCUGGGGAAGUACGCCAUACUGUUGGUUACCAUGCGUCCAACGGUCGUGUUGUUUACUUCGAUGCCUCUGGGAAACAAAAUUUCAUAGAAGGUCCUGUGGUGUAUCGUGGUGAUUUGAUUGGCUGCAGAGCCGGUUUUGAUGAAGUAAACGAGGGAAAAAUUCCAAUUUUUUUCUCUCUAAAUGGUGAAGUGGUUGCUCAGAUUUUAUUGAAGUUAGGAUCCGAAAAGUCAGACAUUUUUCCUUUUGUCGGAAUGAAGCAUAAAGGGAUUCGAGUGCUAGCAAAGAUGUGUCCAGGUGAGCGGAAGGACUCAAAUGAUCAACGAUCUUCAGGCAACUAUGAGGAUGGAUUUGGUUCAAUGUUCAACGAAACUGAGCAGACCAUGAUUCUAUACCAAACAUUUGAUUCAGUGGAGGAAAUGAAAGUGACAAGUGAUGUCCUGCUGCAGUACAUGCAAGAAAAAAUUGAGAAGAUAACAGAUGAUGUCAACUUACAGAAGGAAAAUAUCAAGAGCAUUGAAAAUACCAUCGAAAUUCAAAAUGAGAAGAUAGAAGGCAUAAACAGUACUUUGUCUGAGAUUCUUAACAUCCUAAAGGACGGAAAGAGCACACAGUAAGGCUGUUAGUCGGCAUUUUGUACAGAAGUAGAUAAUUUUGGCAUAAUUAGGAGAGACACUCGACCUAUUUAUGAAUUUAUGACUCAUGGCAAAAUUCGAUUUUGAUGUAUCAUGGACCCCAGUUUAGCUAAUCCAGGCUCUCUACGCAUAAUUCAGCAGGGGAACUUCGUUUACCCCUUUCAGUUAAUAAUUAAGCAGGUGUUAGCACAUAUUUUCCGUAACUGUUUAAGUUAAAUUAACUUACCAUACGCACACAUACAUACAACUUAAACACGAUUACACGUCAAAGCUUACUGCUUGUGAGGUCGUUUACCAACAAAAUAAAACAAAUGAUUGCAAAGGUUCAAUAUUAUAAGCUACAAUAAAGAAGAGAUCCACAUAAACUAAAAAGUCUUAAAGCACUUGUCGUGGUUGAAAAUAUUUAAAAUUCCUUAGUCUGUAAUUUGUCGUUUGCAGAGCUAACACGUUAAAAUUAAAGUCCUUAGAAGUGUAACACUUUUCUACGUUUUUCACAAAAGACCUGAUAUCUGUGCAUUCAAAGACCGAUCCAUUUGAACGUCCUAAUGUAUUCUAGAGGGUGUUUCCCCCGUAAGCAAUAGAAUUCUGCAUUUAUUCUGAAACAG